GGCCCUGGACGGCACAAGAGGAAGGAAGCGGUUCCCCGGUCCCACCCCCGGGCCGCCUUUCUCCGGUGCCCGCCUCCUCUCGCGCCGCCACCGCGGCUUCGGGAGGGUCUCACGCCGCCUGCCCGCGCCAGGGGGUGAGCCCGGCCCUCACCCUGGAAGGCAAGCGUCUGGGCCGCCGCGAUUGAGGGCUGGGGCGUAGCUGGGAGGGAAUAUUUCGGGCUGAGGCGUGGGGUGUGCGGAGAGAGGCAUCCGGAGCCGCGGGGUGGGGCGCGGAGGGGAAAUCCAGGAACCCUGGAGGGGCGCAGGAGCGGACGGAGGUGCCGCAGGAGGCGCCUGGGGCCUGGCCGGGCCGGUCGGGCGGGCGACGCGGUGGAGGGGAGGGACCAAGCUGCGCCAGGUUGGGCCGUCGGGUCCGCCCUCCUCACCCUGGAACCUCGCCGGGAGAGGAGCGGCGGGGAGGAGAGCAGGACCCGCGCGUCCUCAGAUCCUGGGACCGCCCUCUCGCGCUCCAGGGCGGAGGGCAAGCGCCUAAGAAGGCUGGAGCCGCUGCAGCAGCAUGAGAGCGGGCGCCGGCGCUCCACGCUCGCGGCCGCGCGGCGGGCGGCAGCGGCGGCGGCGGCUCUGCCCGCGCUCGCCAUGCGUGCGCGCUGGGGCCGGCGGGGCGCCCGGCGCGGAGGUCCGGGGCUGCCCGGCACCCACUUGGCCCUGCUGGCCGCCAGCCUGCUGUCCACCGCCGUGGCCAUCUACGUUUGCUGGAAGCAGCUGCCGCCUCUGCCCUGGGCCUCCCCCAGCCCGCCGCGGCCGGUGAACGUGCUGCUGUGGUGGGAGCCCUUCAGGGGCCGACACAACCCCCGCAGGCCGCCCCCCGACUGCCAGCGGCGCUUCAACAUCAGCGGCUGCGUCUUGCACACGGAUCGCGCGGCCUACGAGGAGGCCCAGGCGGUGCUCUUCCACCACCGAGACCUGGUGAAAGGACCCCCAGACUGGCCCCCGCCCUGGAGCGUCCAGAUGCCCCCGGAGGAGGAGCGGAAAGGGCUGGUGAUGGACGACGAGGGGCAAGAGGCUGAGGCCGAAACCUCGGCCGCCUUGGGCUCCCGGCCCCCGGGCCAGCGCUGGGUGUGGAUGAACUUCGAGUCGCCCUCCCACUCCCCAGGGUUGCAGGGUCUGGCAGGUAACAUCUUCAACUGGACGCUCUCCUACAGGGCCGACUCGGACAUCUUCGUGCCUUACGGCUACCUCUACCCCAGGACCCAUCCCAGCGAGCAGCCGCCGGGGCUGGUCCCACCGCUGGCCCGGAAGCAGGGGCUGGUGGCCUGGGUGGUGAGCAAUUGGGACGAGCGCCAGGCGCGUGUGCGCUACUACCGCCAGCUGAGUCAGUACGUGACCGUGGACGUGUUCGGCAAGGGCGGGCCCGGGCAGCCGCUGCCCGACGCGGAGCUCGUGCACACGGUGGCCCGCUACAAGUUCUACCUGGCCUUCGAGAACUCGCAGCACCUGGAUUAUAUCACCGAGAAGCUGUGGCGCAACGCCUUCCUGGCCGGGGCCGUGCCGAUCGUGCUGGGCCCCAACCGUACCAAUUACGAGCGCUUCGUGCCCUCUAAUGCCUUCAUCCACGUGGACGACUUCCCUUCUGCCUCCUCCCUGGCCGCCCACCUGCAGUUCCUGGACCGCAACCCGACUGUCUAUCGCGGCUACUUCAGGUGGCGCCGGAGCCAUGCCGUGCAUGUCACCUCCUUCUGGGACGAGCCCUGGUGCCUGGCCUGCCAGGCUGUGCAGAAGGCUGGGAACCAACGCAAGAGCGUCCCCAACUUGGCUGGCUGGUUUCAACAGUGAUGUCAUUGUCCCCCUGGGUGUGACCCUGGAGGCCAUGUCUGGAGGCUCUUCGGUGCCUCUCCUUGACGGCUGAGUCGUGGGACUGCAUUUCCUAAAUACCCAUUUUUAAUCUAUGGGAACAAGUUGAUUUACCAAUUAAUGUCAUUCAACACAAAGACUGGGUGGGAAGGAUCCUGGGUGCUCAUGGUUUUUGCAUAACUCGCGGUUGUCCGAGGGCAUCCGAGCUCAGGGAUGAAGAAGGGGACGUUUCCUCCUCCUUUUAGGGUGAGGAAACAGCUUACCUACAAGAAAAUGGUCUGUGGCUCUGAAUUUCCUCAUCAGCCACAGGCUGUAUUUGUGACCUGUGCUGAGUCCAAAUUUCACAGACUCCUCCACUCACAUGUCCCUGGGCCAAAUGCUGCAAAACCCUGGUUUUAGAAAGAGCCUUGUUGCAGAAUAGUGAAGGGACUGUGGCCACCAGGGUCUUAUUCUUUGUACCUGGAUUCCUCAAAGCCUCAUCGCCUAAGAAAGGUGAGGAGGGCGGUCCAAGACUCCAUUGACUUCAGUAACAACUACUGUUGUUUGUUCCCCUGCUUUAUGAAUGGAAACAAGAUGCUGGAUUGUCCUUGGAGAAGAGGGAGAGUGAAUAUUUGGUGUACCUCGCUUUAUACAAAUGUAUUCCUGAAAGGCCGCUUUUUAAUCAAAUCCACUGUUAUAAGAGAGCUCAGUGUUUAAUGGAACCCUGUGGAGAAUCCCUUUACAAUGUGAAUAAUCAUCUCCUGAUUUCUUCUGUAUCCGUUUUUCUAUAACCUGGAUUUUUAAAAAAGCAUACUUAUAGAUGUGAAAAUAAAGCAGAAGCAACCUUCUUCUCCCUUCA